CAUGUGAUCAGCUGUGAUUGGACACAGCUGAGCACAUGAUCGAGCCGACAUCUUCGGCUCUUUUCGUAGAUCGGUGAUCCGCUAGGGGACAUGUACACUGCUCAUCUGGGCACUGAUGAUCAGUGUGCCCUAAUGAUCAGUGUAGCCCCAUUAGUGCCACCUGUCAGUGUCCAUCAAUGCUACGUGCCAGUGCCCAUCAAAGCCACAUAUCAGUGCCUACCAGUGCACAUCAAUGCCACAUAUCAGUGCCCAUCUGAGCUGACUUUCAGUGCAACCUAUCAG